AUGGAAGGGCGGUUUCCACCAAGCAACCCUUGGGCACCGCUGACGGCCGAAGAACUCGAAGCGCGCAAGGUCGUCAACGUGAACGCCGAGACUGUGACCAACACCGCUGCCACCGACAUACCCGGACACUGGGGCCCCGAGCAGGACGACAGCUGGAACCUGGGCCGCUUUCGCGACAAUCUCCGGAUCGACUUUCACCAGAACAAACCACACGAUGCGGCAUUCUCUCUAGUUGGCGUCGAUGCGUCCAUCGCCAACGCCUUCCGGAGAAUCUUGAUCGCCGAGAUACCUACCCUGGCGAUCGAAGAAGUCUUCAUGUUCAACAACACCAGCAUCAUCCAGGACGAAGUACUUGCGCAUCGCCUCGGUCUCAUCCCUCUGACGGGCGGUGAAAAGGGUUUGAAGUGGCUGCGCUCGUUCCGGAAGCCGCCUCCGAAGGACGACUUUGCCGCGCAAGCCGCUCACAACGACGACGGAGAGCCGAGCACGGCGAGCGACUUUAAUACUGUGGUUUUGGGACUGAAGGUGGAAUGUCGUUGGGCUACUGAAGCACUCGACGGCAGGGACGGGAAGAAGCUUGCCAAGGAGGGCGAGACAGAUCCCAACGUGCGCUAUGUGAACUCCAACGUCUAUGCCCGAGAUUUCAAAUUCAUGCCCCAAGGUCAGCAGGAAACUCAGUUUGCCGGCGAGGAUGCGAUCAAACCCGUCAACCCGGACAUUUUGAUUGCAAAACUACGCCCCGGCCAAAAGAUUGAGUUGCAAUGCCACUGCAUCAAAGGGGUCGGCAUGGACCAUGCCAAGUUCUCCCCUGUCGCUACAGCAUCCUACCGCCUUCUACCUCAGAUCAACAUCACAUCACCUAUUCUCGGCGCCGAAGCUAAGAAGUUCGCGCGCUGCUUCCCGAAAGGCGUGAUUGGUCUGGAACCUUCUGACGAGUCCGACCCGAACAGUGAGCCGAAAGCUGUUGUCAAGGAUCCUAUGAAGGAUACCGUGAGCAGGGAGUGCUUACGCCAUGACGAGUUCAAAGGGAAGGUGAAGCUGGGCAGGGUGCGGGAUCACUUCAUCUUCUCGGUGGAGAGCACGGGACAAUUGAGGAGUGACGAGCUAUUCCUCGAUUCAGUGAGGCUACUGAAGGCAAAGGCGGAAAGAUUCAAGAAGCAUCUGAGUGAGCUUGAGGAGGGCCGGUAG